AUCGUUUGUGCUGUUGGCAUAAGGAAGAUCUGUGAACUACCCGGCCAACAUGGAGAGAAAAGUUCUAGCUCUUCAAGCGAGGAAGAAGAGGGCGAAAGCGAAGAAGUCCAGCAAGAAGCACCCAGCUGCUCAGCAGCAGUCCCAAGCAGAGGCCUCUCCCCAGGAGCCAGAGGAGCCGGAGGAGAUCCUAGGCUCUGAUGACGAGGAGCAGGAGGACCCCAAUGACUACUGCAAAGGUGGCUAUCACCAUGUAAAGAUAGGAGACCUGUUCAACGGGAGGUACCAUGUGAUCAGGAAGCUGGGCUGGGGACACUUCUCCACUGUGUGGCUGGCCUGGGACAUCCAGGUGAAGAGGUUUGUGGCUAUGAAGGUGGUGAAGAGUGCAGAGCACUACACAGAGACAGCUGUGGAUGAGAUCAAACUGCUGAGAUCUGUGAGAAACACAGACCCUGAUGACCCCAAGAGGGAAAUGGUGGUCCAGCUACUAGAUGACUUCAAGAUCUCCGGCAUCAACGGGACUCAUGUGUGCAUGGUGUUUGAGGUGCUGGGGCACCACCUACUGAAGUGGAUCAUCAAGUCCAACUACCAGGGCCUUCCUCUGCCCUGCGUCAAGAGCAUCAUACGACAGGUCCUCCAGGGGCUGGACUACCUUCACACCAAGUGUAAGAUCAUCCACACGGACAUCAAGCCAGAGAACAUCCUGUUGACGGUGAAUGAGCCGUACGUGAGGAGGCUGGCCGCGGAGGCUACAGAGUGGCAGAAAGCAGGGGCUCCCCCCCCCUCAGGGUCAGCGGUCAGCACAGCGCCCGCUCCAAAAGCAAUGGCCAAAAUGUCCAAGAACAAGAAGAAGAAGUUAAAGAAGAAGCAGAAGCGUCAGGCGGAGCUGUUGGAGAAAUGCAUUCUGGAUCUGGAGGAGAUGGAGAAGGCUCCGGGGAGGGAGGAGGAGGAUGAAGAGGAGGACCCAGAGUCUCCAGUCUCUUCCAAACAGGAGCGGACAUAUUGUGCUCCUCUCAGACAGGUUUCCUUACAGGAGGUAGCCAUCCAAGACUCAACCACGUGCAUUGCGGGUGUGGAUGUGACGCGGUUAGGACCACAAGGCAUAAUAACUGCGGGAAAGAUGUACUGUAACGGCCUUCAUCCUGAGGAAGAGGAUAAAACAAAGGAGAGGGAGGAAGACCAACACAACGGUAACACAGACCCAGCAGAGGAUCACGGUCUUCUUCAGGAGUCAAACCCACAGGAGUCAAACCCACAGGAGUCAAACCCACAGGAGUCAAACCCACAGGAGUCAAAAAAGGAGUCAAAUGGUCAGGAGUCUCCACCUCCUCAACCCGUGUGUAACGGCCUGGUGUCCCCAGAAACAGAGGAGCCUGAGACCCCAGAGAGUGAGGAGUGGAGUGGAGCUCUGACCAGGAAGAUAGCUGAGACUGAAACAACAAGCUUUAGAGUCCGGGAGGAGGAGCAGCUGUCACCGGAGGAGGAGGAGCAUCAUCAGGAGAAGAAUCAGGACAGGAGUCAGGAGGAAGUCACAGAGGAGGUGCAGGACAGGAGUUGGGGGGAGGAGGAGGCCACAGAGCUGCUGGAUGAUGUCCGUCAGUAUGGAGAAGAACAGGAGAGUCUGAAGGAUGCCAAACUGGCAGCGGGAAACCUCCUGGUCAACCCCCUGGAGCCACUUAACGCAGACAGACUGAAGGUUAAGAUAGCAGACCUGGGGAACGCCUGCUGGGUGCACAAGCACUUUACAGAAGACAUCCAGACGAGACAGUACCGUUCUCUAGAGGUGCUCAUAGGGUCUGGCUACAAUACACCAGCCGACAUAUGGAGCACAGCCUGCAUGGCGUUUGAGCUGGCCACGGGGGACUACUUGUUUGAGCCCCAUUCCGGGGAAGAUUACGCCAGGGAUGAAGACCACCUAGCUCUGAUUAUUGAGCUGUUGGGAAAAGUUCCCCGCCACUAUGCACUGAGUGGGAAAUUCUCACAGGAAUACUUCACCAGAAGAGGUAUGCUACUGUGUGUCUGCGGCCUGCCCUGGGGGACGUGGGAGAGUAGGGAGGUAGUGCAGGCAAGGUCCUAUGACAGCAACAAAAGUCCCACCACCCAAUUGCUACAUUCCAAUGUCCGGUUGGUACCGACAAUAGUAGGGAUUGGUUGAAGCUCAAUGUUCUAUUCAAAUCUCCCGACCAUCAUAGCUAACACAAUAUGACACCAAUGUUGAUGGACAUAAUCUAAUCAACUUGAUUUGAGGUAAGCAACACACUCCUCGCCUCUCGUCAUGAGCCGUCCGGCCGUUACCGAGAACCACAUACAGGAUUUUUAACAGGGUCGUUACUUUCUUGCCCCGACCUAGCUCAAUAUCUAGGCGUUGGAUAAGAACGAGACUACAGCGUCCAUAAAGUGAUCAUUAGACUUGCCACCUUUCGGACUGAAUACGUUUGUAGGGGCUCUCACGUGCUCGUUUCUGUACAUUUAAGAACCAACUAUGUGCUACCUUUUUGUAGCAUUUCUGACAAUGCUAACGUUUUUUUUUUUAGUCGAAGCUCAGAGUUCGAACACCGGGUCGGUUGCUCGGCAACAACACAACUGCUUGCACCAGGCUGCCAGUCAUAAGAAGUGUAUGCGAGCAUAUCUAGGCUACUGUAGAUAGCGAUAUGGUGGUAUUCAAGCUGAGAUUAAUCAAGAAAUGCAAACUGAUAUUUUGAUUUAACUAGCUAGCUAACAUUAGCUAAUGUUAGGUAGCUUGUCCAAAGUCCAGUGACUAGCCUAUGUAGCUAGCUAACACCAGUCAGCUUAAAGCUAGCUAGCUAGUUAGCGAACAGGCAAAUAAAGGUAGUUGGCCAAUGAAUGUGGUUUUGAUUAGCUAGGUAGCUAGCUAAUGUAGCGAUCUAGCUAGCUAACGUAACGUUAUACCAGUCAGAUAAGAGCUAACGUUGGCUAGGUAGCUAAACAACAAGCGAGGAACGCUAGCUAUGUUUUGCCAAGUAAGGCUUUUCAUAUAAGGCUGAAUUCGUGUAAACUGCUGACCUAGACACUUGCGUGUAAUCAGAGCACUAACAAAUAUGCACAAAUAAGCUAGCGAACGUCCUUGGCUGCUAUGCUAGCCAGUUACCAUUGUGUGCUAGCUACAAUCAAUGAGCGGCAUUGCUUAAGUUUACUACCGAACUAACUUUUGUGUAUGGGUGGUCCUCUGUAGCUCAGCUGGUAGAGCACGGCGCUUGUAACGCUAGGGUAGUG